AUGGCCGACGGCGCAGAUCCCCACCGCGCAACCGGCGCUCCACCGCGCAGAGGGACUCCUCUCCACGCAGGUGACGGUCGUACUGUGGCUCCGCUCACAGCAGAGGAAGGCAUCGGUCUCCCGCGGCCGCGGUUCGGCCUCGGCAACCUCCAACCGAUCACGGACCGCUUCGGGCCGCUCUGGGAGGACGUUGCCGCCGGUCCCGACCCAGCAUCCCGUGCCGAUGUCGUGAGCCGCCGCCGCCGCUGCCGCUGCCACCGCCGAUCUGGGGCCGGGUCCCAGGCAUCCUCCUCCGCGGCGCCGACGAUGGACGGUGGUGCCAGGGACCCAGGCUCCCCUGCUCGCCGGCUACCUCCCAGAGGAAUCGAACUCCAAACCCGUUGGGUAACCAACGAAUCAGGACAGCACCUCAUGGUCGGCAUCCCUAGCCACCGGCGACAAAGUCUCCUGUCUCAGGCUUCUUCCUCAGCUGCGCCAUCCUCCGAUCAUCCUGGACCUGAAGGUAGAAUACGUGUUCGACAAAGUGUUCUCUAUUCGGACCGCCCAAGGCAUUCUCGACCAAGAAGACUGGCAAGGGCUGAGGCUAGCGCGGUGAGAAGCAGCGAGCUUCAUAGUCCGGUUAUGGAUUUGCCAACAUUUGAAGCGCUGUCUUUGAGCGACCCUUCACUUUCCACCCCAGAAACAGCUGAAAUGACUAAUGUUGAUUAUGCACCUCGCUCUGAGCAAGAGGAGCAUACCUGUGUGGUGAACAGCAGUGAGGUUAAUAGGGAAGUUAUGGAAGAGGCACUGUCAUUAAGUGACCCCCAACUUCUGCCCCCUCAAACAGAAACAGAUGAAGAGUCUACUGAUGAUGACUGUGCAUCGUUUCCUACUACUGGACAGACUGAGUUCUUUUUCAACCGACCAAAAGGUCUAUCACUAUCUAUGGUGCUGUCUACGCCCCUUUUUAUAACUGUACCAAACGUCAAGGAGGAAGGCCCCAAGCUAUAUUCAGAUGUGGACCCAAAGGAUGUGCAGAGUAUGGUUAAGGAAUACUUAGAUGCGCGUCCUUGUAUGAACCUCCGCGCAACUUCUUAUAACAUUCUGGCUGUUGAGGAUCCCACUCUUAAUGCCCGUGCUGCUGAAUUGGGUACAGAAUCACAGCUACCCAAUGUUAUUACUGGACAGGCUUCUGUUGCAGCUGCUCACCCUCGGCAUAGUAUGGUACCAACUGAAUCAAGGCAUGAAGCUUCAGCGGAAGAAACUAUUCUGACUGGAAUAGCCUGGAUGAAGGAGGAGGUGAUGCUCUGUUUCAAGAAGCUCAUUGACAUAAAUCGAGAUCUUGCGGAGCUGGAGGACUACCGCCUUGAUGAACUUCAGCACCAGUGUUUUAAUGUGGAGAGCUAUGACAAGGUGUACCAUCAUUAUAACUUCACUGUGAGGAUGAAGAUGCCAGAUUCAGCUGAUUGGAAGGUGAAGCUGUAUUUUGCUGAAGUGAAGGAGGUUUUUAGGAAAAAAUAUUAUUUAUGCUAUCCAUUGGAUCCAAACGAAAAUGGCCAAUGUUAUGCAUGCAAGAACCAAGGAGUGGAAGAUCUGAGACACCCUGCCAUUGACCUAUAUGAAAUAGGCUCACCUGAUGCUUCAUGCAAUUUAUGGUACACUGAUGAUGAAAGUGACGAGGAAGCAAAAGCAACACGUUUUGAGUCUGACAGUUUGGAUCUCGGCGUUUUGUUUGGUAGUUACGUGUGA